UGGGAUGUGGGGGGUCAGGACAUGAUUAGACCCCCGUGGAAACAAUACUUCCAGAACUGCAGCGGUAUCCUGUACGUGGUUGACACUAACGACAGGGAGAGGUUUGUCGAGUCACGGGAGGAACUGAAGAACGUCAUCGACAGCGACGAGAUGAGAUUUGUUCCUGUCGUCGUCCAGGCUAACCAGCAAGACUUGCCAGCUGCCACCAAGUUAUCGGAAGUAGUGGACGCCCUUCACCUUCAGAAGAUGACGGACCGGAAGUGGUACAUUCAGGGGACAUGUGCUACGACCGGGGAGGGUCUGUUUGAGGGUCUGGAGGAAUUGUCCAGAUUGGUGAAAGAUUUCAAACAGAGCAGGAGGCGGUGA